GAAUUCCAUUUCAAGCCUAUCUGAGGAGGGCGCUCUCGCUGCUCGUUUACCUGGUCUUGUGUCCCUAAGUGUGUACUGUGAACUAAGACCCAGGGUCUGUAGCCGGCAGUCCUGGCCCAAGGCAGGCGUAAUCUCCAGCCGCCCAACCCCUGGCUGGGGGCUCUGCGCAAGAAGCGCGGCCGGCAGGGGGAAGAGGUGUUCGGUAGGCAGCAGCCGGGAUGCAGGGAAAGCCAGGGAUCCGUCACUCGCCUGUGCGCGCCCCGUCCGGUUGCGUCCUGGGUGCGUGCCGCCUACCCGCGGAGCGAGUGCCCGGGAGGCGCGGCCAGGUGCGCCAGGGGCAGCUCCACAGCGAGCGCGGGGGGUGGGGCCCGCCGAGCCUGCCCCCUGCCUCCCCGGGCGGCGCCCCCAGCUGCAGUGUUUCGGGCGCUGGGCUAUAAAAUACCGAGUUAAGCGGCGACUUGGAUCUAGCAACCUGUUCACACCAUGGCCUCGGGCGGGCGGCUCCCGCCGCAGCCGUCGAGCUCGGAGGUCAGCGCGGUCCAGAGCUCAGGCAGGCGUCCCGGGGCGGGUCUGGAGGAAGCAGCCCUGGGCUUUCCUCUCCCGCCGUCUCCCGGUCAGGCCCGUCUGCCCCCGAACACCCAGAGCAGGUGCCCUGGGACCCGCCAGCCCGGAGCCUCCUCUCUUUCAGCGCCGUCCGCGACAGUGCUCCUGGGGCCCCGGCUCGGAACGGAGCCGGCUGGGCGAACCGCAGACCCGGUCCCCGCCGACGCCCCAGCGCGGGCUCCGCAGCCCGAUCCACAGUCCCUCAAACCGCGCAACCUGGAAGGCAUCCUGGACGAGUGCCAGCUGCUCCGCUACUUGCAGCUGGCCCAGGACCGCGAGGCGCGCCUGUGGCAGGGCGGCAAACCCCAGAAUGAAAUCUGCAACGCCUUUGAGGAAGUCGUGCUGUGGCUUCUGCGGCUUCAGAACAACUUGUACUUCUCCUGUUCCACGUUUAACCUGGCCCUCACCAUCUUCAGCCGCCUCCUGAUUUCGGUGAAGGUAAAAGAGAAAUACCUGCAUUGUGCCGCAAUUGCUUCCUUGAGGCUUGCCGCAAAACUUAAUGAAGAAAAUGAGGUAUGCAUCCUUGGAAGUCCACACUGGGCUGCGUUUGAGGUAUAGUGGUAUAACAUUGGAGCACUCUGGUUUCCCGAC